AUGGUAAAGGAUUCAUCUUCAAGUUUAAGCCAGUGGUCUCUCAGAGGAACAACCGCUCUUGUCACUGGUGGCACUAAAGGAAUUGGGUUGGCUAUUGUGGAAGAACUGGCAGCGCUGGGGGCAACUGUUUACACGUGCUGUCGCAACCAAAAUCAGCUCAAUGAGUGCUUGCAGCAAUGGAAGAUCAAGGGUUUUCAAGUUUCUGGUUCGGUCUGUGAUGUAACCUUUCCAGCUGAAAGGGAAACUAUGAUCAACAAUGUUUCCUACAUGUUUGAGGCCAAACUUAAUAUCCUUGUAAGCUUAAGUUCUUUUUCCAAGAAUAUCGUCUUAUUCUUCAUUUUUUAUUAG